AUGUUCUCCCCAUCUACUCGUUCCAUUCAAGACGGAGAGUCCCACGUGGAUUCGCAGCUUGGCACGCCCCUGGGCUCCCCCAUCAGCGCAGACAACCGCUCUCUUCUCAGCCCAAUCACGCCUCAGAUUGACGGCGAUGAGGCUGCGCUGAAACAGAGACUUCAACACCAUGAGGAGUUCUUUGGGCCUGAACACACGUCGACUAUUGACGUUGUUCACGAGCUGGGUAGCUUCUACAUGUCAAGCGGUCGACUUGACGAUGCUGAGGCCAUGUUUGCUCGGGAGCUUGGAGUGUCUCAGCAAGCGACUGCGGCAGAGGACGUGCCAACACUCAAUGCAACCGCCAGUCUCGCAGCUCUGUAUGAGAAACAGGGCCGAUCGGACGGUGCCGAAGCCAUGUACCGACGCGCUCUCCGAGGCUACGACAAAACACUGGGACCGGAACAUGCAUCCACACUAACGACGGCCCGGGACCUUGGACGUCUCUACAAAGCCCAGGGUCGAUAUGGGGAAGCCGAGGCCAUGUUUAAGCGGGUUAUUGGAGGUCUGGAAACGAACUCGAAACCCGACCGCACAUCGGCAGCCGAUCCACUGUACGACUCGAGGCGCCCGUAUCAAGGUCAAACGCACCUUGACCCGGCUGACAUGGCAUCGAAGCGGACUUUGGAUCACAGUGCUCCUAUCCCAGAGCUAAAUCAGCUGUUGACCAUAACGACGGUUGAUGACUUGGGGAGCCUCUAUGCAGAACAGGGUCGCCUGGAGGAAGCUGAACAGCUGUACAGAAGCGUUAAUCACGCAAUGUAG